GAGGAGGAAGCUGCGGCCGCCCGCGGUGGGACGCCGGGGCCGCUUAGCCCUCGGGCGUUGCCGUAGGGCGCUCAGCUUUCUACACUUGUGACAAAACAAGCCAGCAGGAGGGACACACACAGCCCUGGUAAUCGUGGCCCGGCCCUCAUUCUGCGGACAUGGCAAACAAGGGGAACAAGAAACGUCGGCAGUUCUCCCUGGAGGAGAAAAUGAAAGUCGUGGAAGCUGUAGACUCGGGAAAGAGGAAAGGCGAUGUGGCAAAAGAAUUCGGUAUCACUCCUUCCACCUUGUCUACAUUCUUAAAGGACCGCGCCAAGUUUGAAGAGAAGGUCCGGGAGGCAUCCGUAGGACCCCAGCGGAAAAGGAUGAGAAACGCUCUCUAUGACGACAUCGAUAAGGCUGUUUUUGCUUGGUUUCGAGAAAUCCAUGCCAAAAACAUUCUUGUGACUGGUUCUGUCAUUCGGAAAAAAGCACUAAACUUGGCCAACAUGCUUGGCUAUGACAACUUUCAAGCAAGUGUGGGCUGGCUGAACAGAUUUAGGGAUCGCCACGGAAUUGCUUUGAAAGCAGUCUGUAGAGAGGAUAGUGACAGAUUAAUGAAUGGUCUAGGAAUAGAUAAGGUUAACGAGUGGCAUGCAGGGGAAAUUAUAAAACUGAUUGCUGACUACAGCCCAGAUGAUAUCUUUAAUGCUGACGAGACAGGAGUGUUUUUCCAGUUGCUUCCCCAGCACACGCUUGCUGCUAAAGGGGACCAUUGUAGAGGGGGCAAGAAAGCAAAGCAGCGGUUGACAGCACUCUUUUGUUGCAAUGCUUCGGGGACUGAAAAAAUGAGACCAUUGAUUGUUGGUAGGUCAGCCAACCCACGCUGUCUCAAGAAUGUCCAUUCCCUCCCUUGUGAUUACCGAGCCAACCGGUGGGCAUGGAUGACGCAGGACCUGUUUAACGAGUGGCUGAUGCAAGUGGAUGCCAGGAUGAAGCGGGCAGAACGCCGCAUCCUCCUGCUGAUUGACAACUGCUCGGCUCACAACAUGCUGCCACGCUUGGAAAGGAUUCAGGUGGGGUACCUGCCCUCCAACUGUACUGCCGUUCUGCAGCCCCUGAAUCUUGGCAUAAUUCACACCAUGAAAGUGCUAUAUAGAAGUCACCUCCUGAAACAGAUCCUCCUCAAGCGCCACAGCAGUGAGGAUCAAGAAAAAGUGGACAUGAGGCAGGCCAUUGACAUGAUCGCUGCAGCAUGGUGGUCAGUCAAGCAGUCCACGGUGGUGAGAUGCUGGCAGAAGGCGGGCAUCAUCCCUAUGGAACUGACAGAUUCCGGCCCAGAAGCAGCAGCCAGUGAACCAGAGAUAGCCACUGAAGAGUUGUGGCACUCCGUGGCUAUUGCCACCUGUGUCCCAAAUGAAAUAAAUUUCCAGGACUUUGUCACUGCAGACGAUGACCUUAUCAUCUCUCAAGAUCUGAUGGACACAGAGGUCAUCCAGGGCACGGAGGCUGGUGAAAAUACAGAUGAAGCUGGAAGUGAGGAUGAGGGAGAGGCAUCUUCACCACAGCAGCCAAAAAUCACCAUCACAGAGGCCAUCUCAAGUGUACAGAAACUCAGACAGUUCCUUUCCACUUGUGCAGGUGUUCCUGAUGCCGUUUUUGGACAACUAAAUGGCAUAGAUGAAUAUUUAAUGAGAAAAGUGACACAAACUCUUGUUGACUCCAAACUUACAGAUUUUCUCCAAACAAAAUAAUGUAGGAAUUAACUGUCCCUUUUAAUUUAGAAAAUGUAGUUUACAAGAAUAAAGUGAGUUUUGGUUUUUUUUUAAAGAUAGGAUACGGAACUUAAAUUUUAAGAUUUUGAUGACAACGUUCCAGUCCUCUGAAAUAAUCAGGAAACUUCCUUGAACGGUAUUUGGAAAUGAAAUUUGACUACUAUGUGUGUUAUCUUUUGAUUCAUCAGAUGGUUCCCCAAGUUGUCUGCACCUUAGGGUCUCUUGAGGAUCUUCAAAAAAAUUUGCAAAGCCCAGGCCUUAUCCCAAACCAAUUAAAUCACAAUCACUGGU